GUUUGAUCGCGAGUAGUUGGUUCCUCUGGCGUUUCAGACCUUGGUGGAAACGUGUUGUGUGAGGAAGUGUGUGGAUAUUACGGUGUUGUGGGUAAGGUUCUUGUUUUAAGACAGUGGGAGUGACAGACAACCUGCCAGAGCAUCGCAAGUAAAAUUUCAUCUUAUUUAACAGACUAUUAUGGACUUAUCACCCGACUAUGAGUCGCUUCCUACGAAUGAUGUGGUUACCCACAUGACGGCUGGUGCUGUGGCCGGGGUUAUGGAACACUGCAUAGUGUACCCUCUUGAUUCCGUCAAGACGCGGAUGCAGAACCUGUCUCCAUCGUCCAAUGCUGCGUACCGAGGAGUGGGCGAGACGCUGGUGCGCAUGGUGAAGAAUGAGGGCGUCCUGCGGCCCGUGCGAGGGAUGAGUGCCGUGGUGGUGGGGGCUGGUCCCGCCCACGCGCUCUACUUCUCCUGCUACGAGUACCUGAAAGAGACAUUCACUCGCGCCACCGGGUUCAACCACUUGGCCUAUGGAGCUGCAGGAUGUGUGGCAACACUGCUGCAUGAUGGUGUCAUGAACCCCGCUGAAGUGGUGAAGCAACGGCUGCAGAUGUACAACUCCCCGUACAAGUCUUGCUUGGAGUGCGUGGCCAAAAUCUAUCGGACUGAAGGGCUACGCGCAUUCUACCGCUCCUACACCACCCAGUUGACCAUGAACGUGCCGUUCCAGAGCAUCCACUUCAUGAUGUACGAGUUCGUGCAGGGGCUGACGAACCCGGAGCACAGGUACAACCCCCCCGCGCACAUGGUGUCCGGGGCCAUAGCCGGAGGAGCGGCGGCGGCCAUCACCACGCCCCUGGACGUGUGCAAGACCCUGCUGAACACCCAGCCCCACCAGGUGGGCCAGACCGGCCUCAUCAACGCCAUAAGGACGGUUUACAAGCUGGGCGGGCCCGCCGGCUACUUCCGCGGCAUGCAGGCGCGCGUGCUGUACCAGAUGCCGUCCACGGCCAUCUGCUGGUCCAUGUACGAGCUGUUCAAGUACCUGCUGGGCCGGACGGGCGCGGAGGGGGGGGAGCCCGCGGAGAGGGCGGGUCCGGGCGGGCCCCCGGGCCCCAUCAAGACGAUGGAGCUGCCGUCCGUGUCGGGCGCGGGACUGGUCGGUGCCCUGUCCUUUAACACCGUGCACGGUGCAGAGCACGCGGGACCUGGUCUCUUGGACAUGAGGCACAGCUGAGCUCCGCCCCUGCGUGCCCGUCCCGGACGCUCGACACUUCAGAACGAGAGGGUCUACUUGUCGAUCCGCCGACUCGAUCCGAGAAUAUCGCUUGUACAGUUGGUAGACACCAGCGUAAGAAAUACCAGUUAUGAAAGAUCUGUAGCUUGUAGUAGGUACAGAUAUUCUCUUAGGUGAAGUUGAUUUAGUUCUUGUAGCUUGCAAUAAAUAUCUUUAUUUUUUUUUUGUUAAGUUCUUUCAUAUUCUCUCUUACUAAUACUUCUUCUGUUAAUUGCUUCCACUUUUCAUUGCUAUUUUUGGUACCAAACUAACUAUUUAGUUUGCAUACAAAAUGCAUGGUGUUUACCUGUCCCUGAGUACAAGCUGCCUUGUAUUGGUAAUGGUGUCUGAAAAACAAUGCAACUUAAUUUGAAAAUGUAUUAUGGAUAUAUUAUGCUGCAUAUGAACGUGUUAUAUAGUUUAAUGUCUUGUAGAUCACCAGUAUUCUCAGUGUGUGACCACCACGGCACAUGAGUAUAGACCUUUGUGAGCCAUUCCCAUGACUGAUUAGCUCUUGUCUUUAUUUCACAAUAAACAUCAUGAUGAAAAUUGAUGAUGUAGGUGAAGGAUGUUAAUGUAAAUUAUUUUAAGAGGAAUUGCCUAUGGUGGUAAUUUUAUUUUGAAUUUCGUAGAACUUUGAUUGAAGGCAUUCAUCCUCAGUUACAAACAUUGCAAUAAUACAGUCCAUGCUGUCAUGGCACUGUGCAGUUACUUGUUUUAGCAGUAUUGCGUAGUCUUUAUUCACUUUAAAAAUGGCCACAUAAGUUUCUAAAAUUACAGUAUUCAUACAUUUAAAAUUUUUGUAUUGUUCACGUAAGCAGAGAUCUUGAGUUACAAUGUUUGUGAUAAUAGAAACGGUUUCUGUGACUGCAGACAAAUGUUAUCUGUAAUUAUAUUAUGUUUGUGCAGUGCAACCAGAUGUUAACAUUAGUGUUUAUUUAAAACUAAGGUUUGUGGAAUAUCUGCAGCUUGCUUAUUUGUGAAGAUUUGUGAUCCAUAUUCCCGUAAACUUUUUAACUGUUUGUAGACUGUUAAAAAUUCCAUAUUUAUAUAGCAUUUUAAAAUUGUUGUUGAGAUUAUGUUUGUUGAAAGACAAAGUUUUUGGGAAAAUUUAAAGAGUUAAUCAGUGACAUAGUACUCCUUUUUUUAUGCGAAAAAUGGUUGAUGGUUUAAAUGGGCACAUUUGGUCAACAAUUCUUUGCUGUUCAUCUGUUCAACAUGUCUCUGUGUUAUAAGUCUGCGUAGAGUUUAUUUCUCAAGUUGCUGUUUUAUAUACGACAUGGUAAGCAUGCUGUUACUGUCGCAUUGAAUCAUAUAUUUCAGCUUUGGUUUUCAGCACAUUUACUCAAAAUAUUGUUACUAUGAGUAUUGAAAUAAAGUGGAGUACAUUACAAAUAUAGUCCACAGGACUGUACCACAUAGGCCCUGCUAUUCUUGUUGGAUAUUUUUAGGUUACAACCAGCUGUGGUUUGAUAUGCUCAGUAAUUAUGCUAUGAAACAAGUUAAGGACUGCCUUUUUGAAUGAUAUUUUUUAUAUUUAUAUAUUGGUUUGUAAAUAUUUACAUUAUUCAAUGUUUGUUUUAUUGAGAAACUAAAUGGAAAUAUAUUUUAUUAAUUUGAAACUAAUUUGGAGAAGUGUACAUUUAAAAAAUUUAUUGGUUUGUGUAUAAUUUGAGAUGUUUUAAUAUUUAGUGAUGGUUGUCAUCAUGUUGUUUGAAGUAAAGGUGUAGUGUUGCAAUUCUUUGUAUUGUGAUGUGUUGGUGCCAGGGGUGCUGGAGUGUACAUACAAGCAGUUCAUUUGCCGUUUGUUUCGUAUUCAGUUAUGUAAAUGUUCAAGGACUGUACCCACGUCAGAGCAUUGUUCGUGAGUCGUCUCAUGCAAAUAUAGUAUUUUGUAUGCCAAGACUGAAAAGACAGCUACGCCUAGCUUUGCUGGAAUAUAGAGGUGGAUUUGAAAUUAUUAUAUAGAAUACUAUAUAUUCUGGAAAGUUAUAGUCUGUUGUGUGCAUAUUGUACACCUAAAAGUUGUUCCUUGGUCUACUGAAAUACGUAUUUUUAUAAAACUUUUGUAGUUAGCAGCUAACAGACAUUUACCAUAGCUGUCGAUGCAGAAGUGGCCUAUGUAGCAAGUUUUUAAUUAUUUGAUAAUUGAACAAAUGUCCUUGCAUUUGACUCCAGUAUUGUUUUUACCCGAGAUGGCAGCAUAGAAUUUUGACAUCCGGAGUCACGUUCAUCAAACCAUAAUCACCACAAGGCCCUAACUAUCCUCCAACUGAUAGGGGAACCAGUCAGAUGUAAUUAUAUGCACACAUUAUUCACAUGGUGUGAAUUGUGCAGUGAACAACCGAUCCCAUUUAAUUUUUAGUGUGGAAUCAUUGGAUAAUGGUGAAGUAUGUCAAUUGUAAACCAUUUUUUGCAGCAUUUAAGAUAUUGUAAUAUGAUGCAACUAUAUGACAUUCAAUUAGUGUAGGGAAGGCAUCAGAUCGGGAGAAAAUAAAGAAAUUCUGGAAAUGUUUUUGAAGAGUUUGGCUAAUAUAAGCAAUUAAAGUAGCCCAUAUUUUGACAAUAUCUGUGUUUAAAGUGUAUUCUGUGUCCAUGUAAAUUCUUUAAUUAGUCUGGGGUCGCUAAUGUAGAAGUAACAUGAUCAGUCACUCGCAAACAAUUCUCUCAAAGCUGGUUAUUGUGAUUCCUUUUUUUUUAAAUUCAAAAUUAUGGUAAAAAUGAUUAUUUGUGCACUGAAUGUUAUAUUUAUAUAUUUAUAUUUUACAAGAUAUGACCCAAUAAGGUUGAUUCAGUGUUACAACAAAGAAGCUCACUAAAAGAGUUGUAAUAAAUAAGAAAUGUUCAAAUUUUACAAUUAUUGUUUACUUGCAUUAGCUCGUAACUUUAUUUGCAUAAUAUAAAUUAUUACAGCUGAUAGCUUUAGUGCCGCUGCUUUGCCCAGAGUUGAUGACUUAAAAGUAACAAAUCUCUAUGCAUGUUAGGCUAAAUGAUCACAUGUAAACUUUGAGCACUGGAUAAUCUCGAGCAAGCCAUAGUUGGCCAUGGGAAAGAAUGAUGUGCUUGAAUUUUCUGUCUCACAGUGUUUUUUUUAUGUAACAUAUAUCCAAAAGUUUAUUAGAUUCAGACGUAUAUAUUUUACCAUAAAACCAAAACUACCCUAAUUUUAUUUCUUCACUUGUCAAAUUUAAAAAAAAAAAUUUACAAUGCACUGUGCAACUUUUAAUGCAUUUAAUACAUUUUCAGUUUCAUUCAUUUCUUUUUAUUAGAUUGUUUUAUACAUUUUUCUUGAUGGUACCAAAACUACCCCUUUAGGGGUGAAAUUUCAUAAUAAAAUCUAGUUUUUUUAAUCAAUCCAGUAUACAGGCUUUAUCUGUUAUAAAUUUUAUCCAAAUUUAUUCAGUUGUAUAGAAGUGACUAACCAACAUCCAGACUAUUUAUUACACAUUUACAAGAUAUUCAGAAAUUGCUGGGCAUCAUUUAUAGGGUGGCAGGGAAUGCCAAAAUAAGUAAUUUUUGUUAAGGAAGAUAUUUCCUGAAACUCAACUCUGUGAAGUUAAAGGCGCGAACAUGAGCACGCAAGUUUAAAUUUUGCCUGCGGCAGUUCUCUGGUUGAGAGGAUGCGUGACCACAGCGCAGUGACCCUUCGUGGUAGAAACUCCCAGUUGCAGGCAGUCGCUGUACGACUUAAAUCAGAAUCGUUUAUGUAAAACUUUAGGUUAUUAAUGAAACACCAAGUUUCCAUAGUAAAUCAAUAAAUAUCUAGGGGAAACCGAAUAACUAAAGGCAACAGAUGGAGAGAUAAAAGUUUAGAGCAGGAUAUGAUGGCACGAAAGGUUGCAUCUCACUAGUCUACAGAACAAUUUAUUUUUAGCUGUCCAUAAUAUAGUUUUGAUUUUAAAAUUAUUUUCAUAAGGAGGCCCUCAUAUUUUAUAAACAAUCUCUGAAAUAUUUCAAAUAUACAAUUUUAAAAUCACAUUUGGUUAAAUUUUCCUUUUAAAACAACCCUAUAAUUUGCUGCAUUUUUCACUAAACUAAUGAAAAUAAGUGCAAUACAGUACACUCCCGAUAAUCCACGAAAUUAAGUGGCAGGGCCACCGCGGAUAGUGAAAAUUGCGGAAAAUCCGCAAAAGAGCUGAAAAUGGGAAACAAAAAAAAAGGAAACAUUAAUUUUAACUUAGAAAUCUAAAAAUAUAUGUACAGUAAAAGUUACAAUUAACAGUAAAAAUUUUUAAAAGAUGCUAAAAUUUUAGUAUUUUACUGAAUAAUUAACAUACAAUACAUUUCAGUAAUGUAAACAUAAAAGUGCUCGGUACUUAGUAACAAGGAUACAGUACAUACUGUACGUACUCAGAGACUUCAUUAGACACUAAAACAGCACAACUCUUUAAAUUUACAACUUUUUGAAAAAAAAAUCAGUCACUUGCUUUUGUUUCUUGCUUUUCUUAAUUCUUGAUUGAAUGUUCCUCUAAAUAGUGAAGCAGUCCGACGAUGUGUUGCAAAGCCGCUUCGUGAGUCAUUCGCGCCUUCGCACUGGGCUCGUCUUCUUCACUUUCACUUUGCUCUUUUUCCUUUGCGCGCUCUCCCCUUGCUUUGUUAGCGAUUUUUUCAUCUGUCAAGCACUCGAACCCCGGCUCGUUAGCGUCACACUCCAACAACUCUGCUAUGUUCCCAACGUCGACAUUCUCACCACCCGGAACUUAUUUUACCAAGUCGGCCAGCGUUGCUGUUGGCAUGACAAAAUCUUCAUUCUCUUCUUCAUAACUCAAAGGGUUUAGAUUAUCAUUUGAUUCGACAUUAGGCAAGAGUUUUCUCCAUGACUUAUACAGAGUUGAUGGUUUCACUAAGUCCCAUGCAGAUGCAAUGUCGUAGAUGCUGUCAAGGAUUAUGUAGUGCUUCCAAAACUCUUUUAGAUCACAACCUUCUUCAAUUUUGGACAUUAGCAGCUUGGCUCUGUACGUUCUUUUCAUUUUUGCAAUAACCCCUUGGUCCAUGGGUUGCACUAGCGAGGUAAUGUUUGGGGGGGAGAAACUUUGCAAAAAUUUGCCCCUCAGAAGAUUUCAAUACACUUGUAGCUGGAUGAGAAGGUGUGUUGUCGAUCAACAGCACAGCCUUUUUAGGCAAAUUUUUUGCUUUAAGGUGUUUACGCACUUGAGGAACAAAAAUCAUUUUGAACCAUUAUUGAAAUAUUUUUUGGUUCAUCCAUCCUUUCUUUUGGUUAUAAUAAUCAACUGGCAAAUUUUCUGCUCUUGUACCCUUGAAUGAUCUCGGUUUUUUGGACUUUCCAAUGACAAGAAGUCUAAGCUUAUGACCACCCAUAGCGUUACUGCACGACAUGAUGGUUAUCCUUUCUUUGCUGCUUUUAUGCCCCGCCGCUUGACGUUCACUUUCAAAUACCAAAGUGCGAGUGGGAAGACAUUUCCAAAAGAGUCCCGAUUCAUCUGCGUUGUAAAUUUGUUCAAAGGAUAACUUCUCUUUUAAAACAAAUUUUUCAAAUUCAUGUUGAAAAUCGACAUCUGCUUGUUGGUCGCCACAAAGUUUUUGUCCGUCAAGUCCACGAAUUCCAUGACGCUGCUUAAAACGAGUUAACCAGCCAGAUGAUGCAUCAAAAUUUCCUUGCAGCCCUAACAGAUCAAAAAAUGUUUUUGCCUUAGCCACGAUGAUAGGACUGUUUACAGGGGUACCCUCAUUUCGCACCUGAGCUAACCACUCCACCAAUGCCGAGUCUAGAUUUUCAAAGGUAGAACUCUUCAUAGUUUUUCGUUUUUUCAUCGCAGAAGCAUUGUCCUACAUUGAUGCAAAGUUCACCAGUUUGUCUUUUUUCUUUAAAAUGUCACGCACUUUUGUUUCCUCGACUCUAUAAUCUAAACACAUCUGCUUCCUUGAAGUGCCAUUUUCUACUUUAGAGAUCAUUUCCAGUCUUAGCGUAAUCGUCAACAUGACCUUUUUUCUCUUUUCUGCCAUUUUAAAUCCGUAACGAAAAACACCAAACCAGGCAAACACAAACACUAAACACUAAAACAUGACGUAACUAAGCAAAACUAAACUUCGACUGGUCAGCAAUCACGCUCAGUGUCAACUGAAAAGGGUGAUCGGAGAGAAAAAGGUGGCUGUGUCAAUAGACCAGAGAGAAAGAAAGGAAGAGGCCAAGAGGGUGAUGGAGGGGGAAGGGGAGGGGAGUGACCUUGGCUGACUGUCUGCUCGUCAAAGCAACCAUACGACUAAAAACAAAGCGCUGCAGAGACAAAAAUAGCAAUGCAUGCCAGCCUACUGUGUGAGUUCCGAGAAGGCCUGUGGCGUUUUACUGUAUACUGCACACAAUACACUCGUCAGUAGAGUUCAAAUUUGCUCACUUGUAAUAAAAUACAUAUUUAUAUAUGUGCUGUAUUUUUUCGUAGCAUGCGCGGAUAAUAGGGAGUUUACUCUACAUCUAUUUUAGGUUGAAGAAACAGUAAUAUUUAGAAUUUUUUUUAAAAUUUUUAAUUUAUUGUGAUAGGUGACUGAAUUUGGUCCGAAUGUCUCGUUGACAUUGGGUCAUUAGAGACAAUGAAGGAUGAUUAGAUGGGAUUGUAGUAUUGGUGGAAUUAAUUGGUUGAAAAAAUUGGAGUAUUUGGAGAAAAUACACCAAUUUACUGACACGUUUACCACUUGCCAAAUAUUUUGCAAUUGAAAAAUGUGGCAGACAUUACCAGCAGAUACGUCUGUUGUGAAAGGGCGCUUGAUAAAUUUUCCUUUCACCUUGCCAUACACCAUUAUCAUCAUUUGCCAUGUCCGUGAAUGUAAAGGCUGCUUUGCUAUUGCUGUUUGUUGAAUUGGUAAUUGCAGCACCGUUCUCGCUAACAGUAAACUCAGCGCUAAUCGCCCAAAAGCAAACAUCUAAAUGCACCACAGCCAAUCAUCCUUGGCGGUUUACACCAGCCGGGCGAGCAUGGUUCUCUUUUUCGCCCGUCAUAGGGAUGACACGUCAUCGGUAUGACGCUUCGCUACUAAAAGCGAGCAUGGAUCUUUUUUGCCUUCUGGAAGACGCCUUAGUUACGACAUGCCCGUCAUACGUAAGGCGCAAUGGCUGGUCAGUCGUAGACCCGUCAUAGCCGUCAUAACCCUGUCAUACAGCAGACUACGUGUGUAACUUUCAUUUAAUACUGGGAAAUAAUUCUUUCAAAUGAGUUAAAUAAUAUAUUUUCGUGAUAUUUAAAGUUUUGCCUCAAUUCUAUUUACUCAGAAAUUACAUAUGUGAGAUAUACGAUGUAUCUAAAAAAAAAAAAGUUAUGUUUUUCUCUGAACAAACUUCGAAACAACUUGUUUCCGAUAAUAAUCACGCCGCAUAAAUAAAUACUUAGUUUCUAUGUUUCGUGUGAAUAAGACACAUUGAUUCUUUUUUCUCGUUAUUUUUAACUGCACAAUACUCAGUUAACCAAAAUAUAUCAUACUAAGAAAACUGCCGAUCUGCCUACUUUUGUCAUUUCACUUAAUAAAAAAAUAAAGGUCAGGACAAAAUAACGUAAUAUUUCAACUAGAUAGAAGAUAACAUCACAUUAUUUAAUUAUUCUGUAUAAAAGUUAAGUGUAAAACACCUAUAAGCGUGUGGCUUAUUAAACUUCUAAAAACAACUCAUUUCCCCUUCAGCUUCCAUACGUGUAAUAAAAAAAAUCACUUCUAAAAAUAAAAUACAUGCAUUGUUAAGGUUGAAAAUACACAAGAAUGCUGCUGAUAAAUACAUAGUAGUCUGAUGGUUAUUUUAAACCUUCGUUUUAUCGCAUUUUAAACACAAAGCAUUUCCUCCAAACAUUUAGUGACUUUUAGGUUAGGCCUACUCCCCACCCUCGUUGGUGGCUAGGUUUGCUCCUGCUGUAUCGCAUAUUGAAACGUAUUUUAUUCACCUAAGAUUCGCUCAAAUACUUUCAGUAUGAUAAAAUUGUAACAAUGUAGGAAUAAUAGUGUUUCACGUAGAGUUGAGAGGUUUCGUGUUUAUAGUUCAUACGAAAAUUGUAAUUUGUGAGAGGAGCGGCUUAUGUGAAAAGAAAGUAAUUCCAUUAUAGGGUAUGUUUAGUUCCUCUACUCUUCUGGUAGUUAUAAAAUGCAGAAACAAUUCUGUCAACUACAGUUUACUUAAUAAAUUAUAUUCAGGCAUUUAAUUAACAACACCGACUUCGUGUUAUAUUGUUUCAAGCUUGCACGAUGCUAAAUAAAUAAUAUCAGCGUAUUCACCCAAUACAUAUGCUACGGUACAAAAUAGUGUGAAUAAAACUUGCAGUGCACUAGAAAAUAUGCUAUAAACAAGUCUAAGGAUAAUAUAAAUAAAUAUAACAGUAGUAUUUUUUGAACAGUGGGACGUAUAGCAUAUUGAGUUGUUUCGGUACCUUCAAAUCGGCAAAUUAACUUUAACGGUGACGAAAAUUACCAAAUAAUGAUUAAAUCAGGUCUAGUAUUGUAAUGUUUCACGUCGAGUCACAAAAGUGUUUUUAAAUUUUUUCAUCAUAUGAUUUAAAGUAAUAACAACUGACAAUUGAAAACAAUAUUAAUAAUAACGGGCAACACGUUUCACAAGAUCCCUAAAUAAUAAUUUCAUAUUAAAAACUACAAACUUUCACAGUUUAUAAUGCACUCCUUAACCUUCUUAUAUACUUUUUAAUAAUCAUAAACGACUUUGCUAUGUAAAAUGAUUUUAUUAUAUUUUGAGACAGACGUGACGGGUGUUUUACUGAGAAAAAAAUAGUCUGUAAAACUUAUAUUUACGGAAAACCAACAGGCGUACAAUGAAAAAUGAUAUAAAUAUUGAAUAUAGUUGUGGAAAAUAUAUAAUUCGAUAGACACAUCAUGCCUAAGUUUUACGAAUGUCCACAAUCUUGUUUUCGUGUAGGUAGUUUUCUAUUGGCUGUAAAUUGCUAGCAGAUACGCCAACUGCCAAAUAAAACACAUCCUUUCUGUGAAUUCACUGCCAACCUCUGCAUAUUAUCGAUUGCCAAGCCGUCGUAGGUAAGGCGCCUUAGCGAUGACGGAAGAGAUAUGACGAUGGGAUCCGUGCUCGCAUUUUCACGCGGCCGUCAUAACUCCGCCGUCAUACCGGCGACGCGUCGUCGCUAUGACGGUGGCGAGGAAAAGAACCAUGCUCGACCCACAGGCUGCCGGGCGCUACUGCGUAUGGCUAACUCUAAACAACUGCGCUUAGCUCGUUGCCUGCUUACCGCGGAGCUUUUAAACAUCACUGAUCUGCACUUGUGCAUCCUUAGCCAGUGGACCGUUGCAUUGUUUCGUGCGAAAUUGAAAUUUGUGUGGUCCUGUUGCAGGGUUGUGUUUUCGGAAGUAUGUUCUGUAACAAUUUUUCGUUUUUGCCUUCUCUGCCACCUGUUAAAUUUAUGCUGCACAAUUUAUGAACACUGAAUAUUAGUAGGAUAGGAUGUUAAAGUAUCCAUAGUAAUUAAAUAAAAAGACAAAACAUUGAAAUAAGCCAGAACACAUCUGUACAUUGUAAAAAAUAAAAUAGAAAUACCCUAGCGCCUUUAGUGUUCUCAUGAGAAAAUCCCUCACAGGUAAAGCAGCCGCUUGACAAUAACUUGUUUACGGGCUUGGUUAACACGUGAUGCCCUUAAAAUAAAUACUAGAUUGUGCUAAAAGUUCUGAGCUCGGCUAGAGGGAGAAACUAGAAUUAGGAGUGAAGAAAUAAGAAUUCAAAUUUAAAAAGAAUAGUUUUGAAAAAAAAAAUUAUAUAAUGACAACUGACAGGUUUAAACAUCUCAUACAUUGUAAUUGUAGGGUAAAUCAAAUCAUUUUCUAUUGAUAACACUGUUGCCCACCAAUAAUGAUGCUUUUUCGUGUGACAGAGCUUAAUAAAAAUUUAUUUUUUAAUUAAAUUCUGCAUCUGGGAAAAAUAUUCUGCAUUAGAAAACCUAGUUCUUUUUUGUUUGUAUUUAAAGAUAAAAUAUUGUUUACAUAUUUAUUAAGUAAUGUUAUAGUGAGAAUUUUUAAAAUUUUCUACAAAUAAAAUUAUAUACAGAAGUUCUCAUGAUAGAGUAUGCACAAAUAUGCAAAAUUCACUGAUUUUUGUGAUAGAAAUAAUUUAAAUAUUUGAAGACAGUAAUUUCUAUUUUAUGUUAAUUCAUACCAAGUUAUUCUUUACAUUGGCUGGACAUAUGGAUUCUUACUGAUUUAUACUUCUUUUUUUUUUGCUUUUAUUUGAAUGACAUUUGGAUAAUAAAUGCCCCUCAUAUGUUGUCUGACAUUUGCAUAAAGUGCAAAUAUUUAAUAAACUUAUAGUUUUUUUAAAAAAAAGUUUUUAUGAUUGAAUGAACUAAAAAUUAAAAAAAAAUAACAUUAUUUGACUAACAGCCAAAUAAUGCACCACAACUCUUUUUAACUAAAAAUAUGUAGUGAUUGAUAUUUGUCUUGAAUUUUCUAUCAGUAAUAACACUAUGAUUUGUAAUAUCUAAUAUAUUUUAUAUUACUAAUUUUAGGCUGUUGUCAUUACGAAAAUAGAAGAGAGCACCCUACACUUUUAGUAAUACAGAGUUGUGGUGCAUUAUUUGUCUGUUGGAUGAAAAACUUUAAAUUUAAAUUUCAUUUUUUAAUUUUCAGUUCAUUCAAAGAUAACAGCUGAGUUUUUUUUUUAAACUAUAAGUUAAUUUAAUUUUUUUAGUCUCAAAAUAAAAAUACUGAAUAUGAGUAAUUGAAACAAAUUAAAAAUACUAAAUAUGAUUAAUGAAAGUAUUUAUAUGUUACAAUUAACUUAAAAUUAGUCAUUAAUGUUCACUUAAUAUAGUCAUUUCAGCUAAUGUGUCAAUAUGACAUAGAAAUUUUCUUGUUAUCAUAGAGCAAUCAAGUUCUCCUUGAAGACCAACCAGUGACUUCACGCAAGUGCUACAUAAGCCUGUCUGGCAGCAAAGACGUGAUCCCAAAUAACUGCAUAAUUUACAGUGCAGCCUUGCAUUUUAUGCACAGUAGAUCCCCAACUCAGUAUUAAUGGCAACAUUCGCCUUUUAGCAUUACCAUAGCUGUAUUUCGCUGGAAACCGAAUGGCUAUUGGUUUAAUUGUAUGUAAACUAUCUGUGCUGAAACAACACGGACUGAUCGAAUGUCCUUAUCAUACACUUUAUCAGGCCGGAAGAGUGGCCAUGAUUUCAGAUUUAGUACCCAUGUUGCCAUUAACGAACCCUGGGCACAUUUUCCACCAUAAUCCAACCUUUUGGAUCAUAAACACUCCAAAUCGAAAAAGCAUUGAGUUUUAAAAUUUUGGGUCUUUCCCCCCCCCUUUCUCCUCCCCUCAAGGUAACUGUCAACCCUGGGGCAAAUUUCCACCAUGCCCGACCUCGUGGAUAUACAAAAAGCCUGGUUAUUACCCAUAGCUCAAAUAGUGUUUUUUUUAACUCUCUGAACCUCCACUUUCCCCCUUAACACUAAGGUCUUAAGUUAUCAACAUAGUGUAUUGUCAGAGGUACUUUAUUAUGUACACAAAAUUUUAACACAUUUGGACAUCUAAACACGGGUAAAAUUUGCAUGGAAAGAUUUUAUUACAUAGUCCAUUCGCACAUAAUAGAUGAAGCUAAUAAAAUUGUGGUAAAAAUGUGAAAUUUUUGAUGAAUCAAUCAGCUAACUUUAUAAAAAAAAUACUGUGUUAAAUGGUUUGAUAUCAAAGCUAGUUCCUUUUUGUAAUGAAAGUAGCAAGCCUUAAUGAAUUUUUUUUUUUUUCAGUAGUAGGUAACUAAAUCCUGUUGUUACACUAUAAUAAAAAGAGGAGGGGGUGGAAAUUUAAUUUUUUUUAUUAAUGCUGCCUUAUCAAAACUGUCUUCAAAUAUUUCCUGAAUUUCUUCAUUUUCAGAAGGCAAUUACAAGAAUAAAGAUGGAGAAACACUGAUGUGGUGAAUGCUCUGCACAAGCAGUUGAAUAUUGAUUCAAAAUGAUAUAACUUCCUUUUAGUUUUUAGGUAUGCGUUUAAAAUUUGUGAUUUUUUACAUUGGUGGUCUGGUUAGCAUCUAGGUGUAGUUGCACAUUUGUGGUCGAGGGAACCACGUCAAUUCUGUGUAAUAUGUAGUUACGAAACCUCUUCAAUUUAUUUACGUUCCAACACUAAUCUGCUUGCUGUGCCUAUGAAAUGGUAUUGUAAUGCAUCUAUGCUUUCAGCUACAGAGUGUUUAAUUUGUAAUUCGUAAUGCAAGUUCGCUGAUCUGUUCAAAUUAUUCUGGCCACAUAUUUGAGCAUAUUGUUAAACAUCAGGACUAUUAUGUAACUCAUCAUUUUGUUAAUGGCAUGUUAGAGGAAGCUUUAUUCUUCAUAAUUUUGCUGUUCAUCAUCAGAGUUCAUGAAGUAAUCUGUACUUUCAAGACUUUCUGUGCAAAGUAAAAAUUGAAGUGAAAAAACAAUAACUUAUGAAGAAAUGUUUGUUAUUUGCUAUAGAAACAAUAUUUGAAUCUUAGUUUUAACAUUUAUUGAGAGUCAUAAUGUAGAACUUGCAUGUUUUUUCUGGCAGUCAUACCACCAUAACACAAAUCAUUGUAUACAAACGCAAAAAAAAAAUGGCUGUGAUAUUGUCCUUAUCAUUGUUGUUAAUGAUAUUGACUUUUAAGGGAAGUAAUAUCAUUGCUAGGAUAAGAACUGUCACAACUGAAACUUGUGUAACAUUUAUUUUAUUUUCUCAGUUAUGAAUAAAAACUCAAUUGAUAAAUUUGAGACUGUAAAAAGUAUUUUGUGUAUUGUGGUUUCAGACGGUGAAGAAUUUGCUACAGGUAAGUACGGUACCUACAUGUCAACAGUAAAUGGACAAUUGUUUUGCUGAUUAGCACAGACAAGUAUGCAUGUGGUAUUAUGCUAAUGGAAUGACAGUGUUUUCUUGGUGCUGUGUUCACAAUAAAUCAGUUUAAUUGUAA